AUGGCAAAGGUGGUUCUACGAGAAAAGCAGGAUGUCCUAACGCCAGCGGCAGUCCAUGACCAUGCAGAAGAGGUUAGUACGAGGUUAGUGACGCAGGGCGAGGGAAACCAGGAAGGUCUGAAGACUGACAGUGAAGAGGAAGAGGAGAAUCAGCCUCCUCCUUCCAAACAAUCCAAAAAGUCUCCACUGGAGGAGCUUUUUGCUGAAGAGGAUGCCAUGAAGAGGACCUCACAGGAGGGGGUGAUGUCUAUGGAAAGUCGUGCUGAAAGGGAGAUCCAGACGUACCUGGAAAUCCCAUCAAUCAUCACAUCAUCUGACCCUGCAGCCUGGUUCUGGACCCAGAAACAAACUUAUCCUUUACUGAAGCACAAUCUGUGCGGAACGGUCGCGCUUACUGCCCGAGAAGGCAGACAUGAUAAUCUUCCUUAA